UCUCUUUUCCUGGUGGGGGGUCUGUAUUUUGGGACCCAAUAGAUUGAAAUUAAUGUGAGAAGGAAGGGACAAAAGGGAGGAGGCCGCCCAUAUCUUCAAUUUUCUUUCAUACUUCUCCUUACCCAUGCACUUUCAUGUUCUGCAAGACCAACUCUUUAAUUAACUCUAGUACCUGCAUUUAAUGCUAGCUCUCUUUUGCUUUCUCACUAUAUUAAACCUCAACCAUUCCCACUAGUCAGCCAACAAAUACUACAUUGCUUCCUUGCUAGCCUAGCCAUCCAUCAACCUUAAUUUCAAGCUUUUAGACUAUACUAUAUCUUUCAUAAAAAUGUCAAUCACUUCUUGUCUGAUUUUCCUUUUAUGCCUUUCCAUAUUGCAUGCAUGUAAUGCCCGCCAUAUUCGAGUAGUUGAUAAGAAGCUGGAGAAGAAAUUCCAUUUUUCCAUUAAGAAUGAUGAGAAGAUGGGUCCUGAUCUAUCUAAGGUGAAGUCUUCCUUUUCAAAGCAAAAUGAAGUUGACAAAAAAGAUAGCAUUUCUGAAAGUACCACCUCAAAUGAUGACAUUCAAAAGCCAAAAAAGACAAGGAGGAAUCAGAAAACAAUGAAGGUGGUAGCAAAAACUUCAGGUGCUGUUCAAACUGAGUCUCUUGUUUCGGUUCCUUGGGCUGUGCCUCACAAGAAACGCAGUGAAAAGAAUCCUGGCUUUAACUUGGACUACUCACCACCAAAGACACACCCUCCUUCUCACAACUGAGCAGCAGAAAUCUACAAAAUUCCCUAGCUAAUUCCUUCUUUCUAAUAGAAAGAGAGAGGGAUCUUCUACUUUAUCAUAUAUCCUGAGAAACAAGAAGACCUAGUAGGGCCUCACUAUCCUAUCCUAGCUAGGGCUCAAAUGUUUAGUCUUGUCUGCAUAACUAUAGCAUCUUAAUUAAUUAUAUAUAUGGCUGUAUAACAUAGGCUGAUGUUUUAUGUGUGACCAAGCCUUUUAUCUUAAUGUACAUCAGAAAAUGACUAUAUAUAUGGGUGAUGAGAAAUGUCUCUACUUGGUC